CUUCUGCUCCUGUCACCACUGUCUGAUGGGCUGUUUCACCGUGCUAUUGCUGAGAGUGGCACAGCUGCAAUGAAUGUACUUGUGGCAAAUGAUCCUCUACCAAUGGCGCAGGCAAUUGCAAACGCAUCUGGCUGCAGUCUUGAAAGCACAAAGAAGAUCAGUGACUGCAUGAGAAACCUUGACAUUGAUACUAUAGUGGGUUUUACACAGGAUCCAAAUUUGAGAUUUCAAGUAAAUGUUGAUGGACAUUUCCUGACUAAACCUGUGGAUGAGCUGUUUCGUAAACAUGAACUCCAUGCUGUUCCAUUCAUGACUGGUGUCAAUAAUGAUGAAGGUGGAUGGAUACUUGUAUCAUUUUUUGCUCCCCAAAACUGGACAGAAGGACUAGAUCGGGAAUUUGUUUUGAACAUGGUUUCCUUCUUCUACCCCGACCCUAAAGCAGCAUUUAUCAGAGAUGUGAUAGCUGAUGAAUAUAUCGGAAAUGGUGACGACCGUGUGAAAAACAGAGAUGGGUACACUGAGAUGCUUGGAGAUUUGUUUUUCACCAUUCCAGCGAUCAAAGCUGCUAAUGCUCACAGAGAUGCAGGUGCUCCUGUAUACCUGUAUGAGUACCAACAUCCUCCCAAAUUCCUGCAGCAGAAAAGGCCGAGCUUUGUCGGGACUGACCAUGCAGAUGAAAUUUUUACAGUUUUGGGAUUUUGCUUCACAACUACCCAUAUUAGGUUACCCAAUCCGUGCCCUGAGGAUGAGGAACAGUUGAGCAAGAUCAUGAUGAGCUACUGGGGGAACUUUGCUCGCACAGGAUCUCCUGAUGGGCACAACCUUGUCCACUGGCCAAAGUAUGGAGCAGAAGAAAAGUACCUGGCGAUUGGUUUAAAAAAGCAGGUAACUGCUCAGCACCUGAAGAAGGAGCGCUUUGUCUUCCUGACUCAGACCGUCCCAGAGAAGAUCAAACAGCAUGAGGAAAAUGCAGAACGCAGCGAGCUGUAGAAAACUCACAUCUGGUCUCUGCUCCAUCAAUUUUUAAAAUAAUUAGAAUAAAUCAUAAUUCAUUUAGCGACCAUUCUUUACACAUAGUAAACAUAGGGUAUGUCAAAUAAUCCUUUAUAAUGACAAGAGCAGUUUUUGUAUAGUUUAAGACAUUGAUCAUCGAUAAACGAAUGCAACUGUUUUUACUUAACUAUAAUCAAAGUGUAAUUGUGGAAGUGAAAGAAAAUAGUAGAUAAAAGGGUGCUAGUUGAGAGCAGCUGUCAUAACAUAAAAAAAAAAACCUUGUUAAAAUAAACAGAUGUGACAUCCUGGUUCUUUUCAGUUUUUAUUUUUUUCUCAUAAGAGGUAUUUAAGUUAACCGCUGUGGUGACCCUUUGUGACACCAGCCAAAAAGAGCCUCCUAUCAGUAAAGCUGCAUUGUAAUUGUAGGCCACCAUGCACUCUAUAAAUUUUGUGCCCCUUGAUGAAAUCUGGAUUAUAUACCCUGUUUAGGUAUAUUAUUCUACUGCAGUACUCAUCUUAACUUCAUGCCUUGAUAAAACUUUAGGUGUUGUGAUUAGCUUACAUGUUUUCAUGGCUGAUGCAAAACUGCUUUUCAUCUUUACACCUAUCCCACUCAUAUUACCUAUAUAGGAGUGGAUGUUUCUUUUACACAGCACAGUGAUUGUGCUAGUGAUUAACAUUAAGCACUAUGAUUGGUGAAUGGUGAUGCUGGCAGGUCGCCUGUUAGGCAUUACCUCUACUAACAGUGUUUGUAUUUUAUGUGUAUUUUUGAUAAAAUUGUCUGGCAUGAAAUAUAUUUCAGUAGUCCAUUUGAGAAAUCUGAGCAGUUGUUUAGCUAUGGGGAUUGUAUGCGUAUUUCUAGUGUUACCUGAUAACUUAGCAUUCCAUCUUUUAAAAUAUGUUAAUUUUUUUGGUUGGUAUUGGUACUAAUUUAAAAUAUAUACCUCAAACGUGCACUAUGAAAAAUGUCUGAAUAUUUUUGUGUUGGCUGUCAUGUCUUUUCUGUACAUAUUUUAUAUAUGUUAUAGCACAUUUAAACAGCAGAGGUUGACCCAAAGUGUUUUAAAGACCGGCACAUUUACAUUACAAUGUAUUUACCGUACGUGAAAAACUGAAAGAUGUGUUUUACUGCGAAAAGUAAAAAUCACAGUGAUUUAAUGGUCAUUAAACUGGUUUCAAAAUUUGGCAAA